AUGAGCGCACAGCAGGACUUGCAGCAGGAAGUCGAUCGCCUCACCGCAGCGCUGGCGGAGCGGGACCAGGAGGUGGCCUCGCUGCGCACCCGGCUCACCCUGGACGAGAGCGGAGGGCGGGCGCCGAUCGUCCGCGGGGAACCGGCGGCAGGCGAAGUCGAUGACGCGGAGACCUUCCACGAAGCGCUGCGCGGCCUGGCCCUGGUGUCCCGUCUCCGCAUAGGCGCCCACCAGGCGGCGCUCAGUUACGUGCCCGAUGGGGACUUCAAGGCGGCCAUCCACACCCACUCCUUUUCCGAGAAGUACGCCCGAUACAACGCUUAUGACGUGAUGCCGACCGGGGACGGGAUCUGGGGACUGGUGGUCAAACAGCGCGCGCCGAUCCGGAUAACCACGGAUGAGCUCUACGCGCAUCCGGCGUUCAAGGAAUUCAGCGGCCUCAAGAAUGGCCAAGGCCUGGAACACCCUCCCAUGCCGGGCUGGCUGGCGGUGCCCGUGCUGCGCCGCGACGGCGGGCUGAUCGGCGUGGUGCAGCUGAGCGACAAGUUCGACGGCGAGUUCACCGAGGCCGACGAGGACCAGUUGGUGCAGCUGGCCAAGUUCUACACGGCGACGUUCGAGCUGCAGUACGUGUACGAGGACCUGCGGCGGCUGACCGGCGCGCUGCGGCAGGCAACCCGGGAAUUGCAGCGUUCCAACGCCGAACUGGAACAGUUCGCCUACGUGGCCUCGCACGACCUGCAGGAGCCGCUGCGGAUGGUGACCAGCUACCUGCAACUGCUGGAACGGCGCUACAAGGCGAACCUGGACCAGGACGCCAGCGAUUUCAUCGCCUUUGCCGUCGACGGCGCGGCCAGGAUGCAGACCCUUAUCCAGGACCUGCUGACCUACUCUCGGGUCGGCACGCGGGGCGCUUCCUUCGAACCCACCGAUAGCCAGGCAGUGUUGGACCAGGUGCUGAUGAACCUGGAGGUGGCCAUCGCGGAGAGCGACGCCGAGAUCAGUUUCGGUUCGCUGCCGAGCCUUUCGGCAGAUACCUCGCAGAUGGCGCAGUUGCUGCAGAACCUGAUCGGCAACGCGAUCAAGUUCCGGGGAGACAGCCCUCCCCGAAUCCGGGUCGAAGCGACGCGGGAAAGCGACGAUUGGCGCUUCUCGGUCCAGGACAACGGGAUCGGCAUUGACCCCCGUUACUCGGACCGCAUCUUCCAGGUGUUCCAGCGUCUGCACGGGAUCGGGCAGUACCCCGGCACCGGCAUCGGCCUGGCCGUCUGCAAGAAAAUCGUGGAACGACACCAGGGGAAUAUCUGGGUCGAAUCACAGCCGGACGCCGGGGCGACCUUUUUCUUCACCAUACCGGUUCAUCUCGAUACCAUUCCAGAAUCGGACCUGGCCGCCGCGACGAGCGGGCCGGCCGGUUGA